GGCGGCUCUGUAAGCACUAACGAAUAACUAAUGAGUAUGACACUAAUGGAAACAUGUUGGUUGGCCUUGGACUAGAAGGGAGAUGCUACCUCAACUUACCUUCCAAUAUAUCUACUAUUGAAGUACAAAAAAUCGACUGUCGCAUCCAUGGCAAACACAUCUCCCGCAUCACAAUGUCGCCUCGAACCUAUCAUCCUGAAUGACGAGGACCAAUUCAUCGAGCUCCAAAGACAACGCGUCCUGUGCGGGUGGGACUAUGACCCAGAAACUAUAAAGAGAUGGAAAGUGAAGCAAGAAGAGAAACUGAAAAGCCUCUUUUGGAUAACGAUACCCGAUUCUAGCGACAAAGACAAGGAGCUCCUCCGCACUGGCCAUAUCUCCUUAGACGCAAAUUCAAGCUUUGACCCGCCGGAGCUUAAAAAUUUCCCACACGUAAAAAACUGUGUGUUUUCUAUCAGUUCGUUCUUUAUCCUACCCGAAUAUCGUUCAUACGGUUUGGGAAGACAUGCAAUGAAAAUGGCGGAAGAUAUGGCUGUCAAAGAGCCGUAUGGCAGCCCGAAUUGCCGUUUUAUUGCACUGAAUGCCUUGAGCAAACGGUAUAUAUAUGAUGAAGGGCCGGACUGGAGAGGAGUCUGGGAAAGACUUGGGGUGUCGCCGCCGUCAUUCAGUAUUCAAGAGUGGUACGAGGCGCUUGGGUAUGUGAGCUGGAAGGAAGAGCCUUUGUACGAAGAAAAGGCUUUAAACGGGGAUAUCGUUAAGCUAUGGGAGGCAUUCAUGAGAAAAGAGGUACAGAGGAUAGCAUAGCCGAAAGUGGAAAUCCCCUUAGAAAGACUUCUAGAAUUUCAAUCACUGAAAACUGCCCUGCUCAAACUACAGCAUCGGCAUAAAGUUAUUAAACAUCAGGAGGGCCAUCGAGUAUACAAUUUUACCUGGAUUUUAAUACGUUGAGAUAUGUUAUUAAUUUC